GAGAUGGACUUCGACUCGUACCAACAUUAUUUCUACGACUGUGACUACGAGGAAGAUUUCUACCGCUCCACGGCACCCAGCGAGGACAUCUGGAAGAAAUUCGAGCUGGUUCCCUCGCCCCCCAUGUCGCCCCCAUGGGGCUCGGGCUCUAGCUCGGGUGCCUGUUGCUCGUCGGCCGCAAAUGGGCAGCCCGAGCCGUGGCCUGGGGGCUGUGGGGUGGACGAGGCGGAGGGCCGGGGCUACUCCAAGGCGCUGGCCAGAAACUACGCCUCCAUCAUCCGCAGUGACUGCAUGUGGAGCGGCUUCUCCGCCCGUGAGCGGCUGGAGAAAGUGAUGAACGACAAACUCUCGGCGGCUGCUGUGGUAGCCGCAACACCCAAGGGGAAUCCGGCCAAGCCAGCGGCCCCUGCAGACCCAGGCGGUGGGCACUCGGGGCCCGAGGGCGUGGACCCCACGGCCGUGUUCCCCUGCGCCCCAGGCGAACCCAAGCCUCAGGCUUUCUCGGGCUCGGAGAGCCAAAGCGAUUCCGAGGGUGAAGAGAUCGAUGUGGUGACAGUGGAGAGGAGACAGUCCCUCAGCGUCCGGAAGCCAGUCACCAUCACGGUUCGAGCCGACCCCCUGGACCCCUGCAUGAAACAUUUCCACAUCUCCAUCCACCAACAGCAGCAUAACUAUGCCGCCCGAUUCCCCCCAGACAACUGUCCUCAGGAGGGGACUCCAGAGAAAGAGGCCAAAGAGGAGGAGGGGGAGGAAGAGGAGGAGGAGGAAGAAGAGGAAGAGCAAGAAGUGGAGGAGCUCGUAGGUCCCCCCGGGCCCUCCAGCCCCCCGCCCUCUGACCUGGGUCCUAGCCAGCCCAGGCCAGCCUCUUCCGACACCGAGGACGUGACCAAGAGGAAAAACCACAACUUCUUGGAACGGAAGAGGCGGAAUGACCUGCGCUCUCGCUUCCUGGCUCUCCGAGACCAGGUGCCGGCCCUGGGCAGCUGCACCAAGACCCCCAAGGUGGUCAUCCUGAGCAAGGCACUGGAGUACCUGCAGACGUUGGUGAGUGCUGAGAAGACCAUGGCCUUGGAGAAGAGGCACCUCAGGGCACGGCAGCAGCAGCUACAGAAGAGACUCGCUCAGCUCACGGGCCACUAA